AUGUCACGUUUUUCGUCCGCGUUCAGGGUCCUCGCCAUCGCCGCUAUGGUGUCUCCGUCCGUCUGGGCGAUGCCCCUCGCGUCGUCACCUAGCGCGACCGCUACUUCUACCAAGGCCGCACGUCAAAUCGCCGUCCCCGACCUCGGUCUACCUGGCGAGUCUGCCGUCAACGCUGUCCUCGGCGCCGUCGAGACCACCGCGUCGGACCUCACCGGCCUCAAGCGUCGCCAGGCUGACGCUAUCCCUGGCGCGAGCCUCGUAAACGGUGUCCUUGGCGCCGUCGAGUCCGACGUCGCCGGCGUCACUGGCCUCCUUCGCAGGCACCAAGGCAAGGACAAGAAGAAGGCCGCCGCCGCCGCCGCCGCUGCGCAAAACGCGACCUGCGCCGGUGCAGCUGACGGUGCUGCCGCCGCAAACAGCACUGCGGGCGCUGCCGGUGCCAAUGCCGGCGACGCUGCCGGUAACGCGGCCGCGGGUGCUGCUAACUCUACCGCUGGCGCUGCAAGCGGGAACGCCUGCGACGGUGCCGCGAGCGGAAACGCUGGUGCUGACGCAGCUGGCGGGAACGCCGGCGCUGGCGCAGCCAACGGCAAAGCCGGCGCCGGUGCGGCUAAAGGCAACGCUGGUGCUGGUGCGGCUGGCGGCGACGCAGGUGCUGGCGACGCCGCUGCUGGCGCGGCCGACGGCAACGCUGGCGCGGGCAACGCCGCUGCUGGUAACGCCGGUGCGGGCAACGCUGCUGCUGGUGAUGCUAACGCCAAUGCUGGUGCGGGCGCUGCCAACUCUACCGCCGGUGCUGGUGCUGCUGACGGGAACGCUGGCGCUGGUGCUGCCGGCGGGGAAGCUGGUGCUGGUGCAGCCAAAGGGAACGCCGGCGCUGGCGCGGCCGGCGGGAAUGCGGGUGCGGCCGACGGCAGUGCGGGUGCGGCGAGUGGCAACGCGGGCGCAGCGAAGGGCAACGCGGGCGCUGGUAACGCGAACGCUGGAGCUGGCGACGCCAAUGCCGGAGCUGGUAACGCGAACGCCGGAGCUGGCGACGCUGCAGCUACGACGACCGUCACCGUGACCGCUGCUGGUGCAUGUGCUACCGAUGCUGGUGCUGCUGGUGCCGGUGCUGCUGAUGCCUCUGCCACCGACGCCGCCGCCGCCGCCGCCUCCGCUACGGAUGCUGCUGGUGCAGCCGGGUCGAACGCUGGUGCAUCUGGGAAGAACGCUGGUGCAGCCGGGUCAAACGCUGGCGCUGGUGCCUCCGACGGUGCUGCUGGUGCCUCCGACGGUGCUGCUGGUGCCUCCGGUGCUGCCUCUUCCGGUGAGGCAUCUGCUACCGACGCUGCUGCCGCUGCUUCCGACGCCGGUUCUGCUGCUGCCGCCUCGGCCACCGACUCGGCCUCGAGCGGUGCUGGCAAGAAGGUCUCGGGUCUCGUCGCGAGCUGCGAGGAGUGCUAA